ACCUGGUUGGCCAGGCGUGGGUUGGGGGUUUCGCGGAUUGGUCCCGGCCGGGAGCUCAGCUGUGUGGAGCGCACCGGGACUUGGAGCCGGCGGCCUGAGGGAUGGACGAAACGAGCCCACUGGUGUCCCCCGAGCGGGCCCAACCCCCGGACUACACCUUUCCGUCCGGCUCGGGCGCUCACUUUCCGCAGGUGCCGGGGGGCGCGGUCCGAGUGGCGGCGGCUGCCGGCCCGGCCCCCUCUCCGCCGGGCUCGCCAGGCCACGACCGCGAGCGGCAGCCGCUGCUGGACCGGGCUCGGGGCGCGGCGGCCCAAGGCCAGACCCAAACCGUGGCGGCGCAGGCCCAAGCCCUGGCCGCCCAGGCGGCGGCGGCGGCCCACGCCGCGCAGGCCCACCGCGAGCGGAACGAGUUCCCAGAGGACCCCGAGUUCGAGGCGGUAGUGCGGCAGGCCGAGCUGGCCAUCGAACGCUGCAUCUUCCCCGAGCGCAUCUACCAAGGCUCCAGCGGAAGCUACUUCGUCAAGGACCCUCAGGGGAAAAUCAUUGCUGUCUUCAAACCCAAGAAUGAAGAGCCAUAUGGGCACCUUAAUCCUAAGUGGACCAAAUGGCUGCAGAAGCUAUGCUGUCCCUGCUGCUUUGGCCGUGACUGCCUUGUCCUCAACCAGGGCUAUCUCUCAGAGGCAGGGGCCAGUCUGGUGGACCAAAAACUGGAACUCAACAUUGUACCCCGUACAAAGGUAGUGUACCUGGCCAGCGAUACCUUCAACUAUAGUGCCAUUGACCGAGUGAAGUCCAGGGGCAAGCGGCUUGCGCUAGAGAAAGUGCCAAAAGUUGGGCAGCGGUUUAAUCGCAUCGGGCUACCACCAAAGGUUGGUUCAUUCCAGCUCUUUGUUGAAGGCUACAAAGAUGCAGACUAUUGGCUCCGGCGUUUCGAAGCAGAACCUCUCCCGGAGAACACUAACCGGCAGCUACUGCUGCAGUUCGAGCGGCUGGUGGUGCUGGACUAUAUCAUCCGCAACACUGAUCGAGGCAAUGACAACUGGCUGAUUAAAUAUGACUGUCCAAUGGAUAGUUCUAGCUCUCGGGACACAGACUGGGUGGUGGUGAAGGAGCCUGUUAUCAAGGUGGCUGCCAUAGACAAUGGGCUGGCUUUCCCCCUGAAGCAUCCUGAUUCCUGGAGGGCAUAUCCCUUUUACUGGGCAUGGUUGCCCCAGGCAAAAGUCCCAUUCUCUCAGGAGAUCAAAGAUCUGAUUCUUCCAAAGAUAUCGGACCCUAACUUCGUCAAGGACUUGGAGGAGGACCUGUAUGAACUCUUCAAGAAAGAUCCUGGUUUCGACAGGGGCCAGUUCCAUAAGCAGAUUGCUGUCAUGCGGGGACAGAUCCUAAAUCUGACCCAGGCCCUGAAAGACAACAAGAGUCCCCUGCACCUUGUCCAGAUGCCACCUGUGAUUGUCGAGACGGCCCGUUCCCACCAGCGAUCUUCUAGCGAGUCCUACACACAGAGCUUUCAGAGUCGGAAGCCCUUCUUCUCGUGGUGGUAG